AACAAAAUUAGUAGCUUUUACAGGGACUAUCCCUGAUCAGACACUCAAUCCCUUGGCCUUUGUUCUUUUAGGGUUUCAAUAUCUGGAAAUCAUGUUCAAUUACUCAGAUCUGGAAUCACUGCCCAAUGUUUUACAAAGAAAGUAUGCUUUGUUGCGUGAUUUAGAUAAAAGCUUACAGGAAAUCCAACGGCAAAAUGAGCAGCGUUGUGAGCAAGAGAUAGAGGAUAUUAAGCAGGGAGUCAAGUCUGGCAAUAUUACGCCAGAUCCUUCACUCAUCAGAUUCUCAGAUGAGGCACUGGAUGAGCAAAAACAUUCAAUCAGGAUUGCUGAUGAGAAGGUUGCUUUGGCUGUUCAAGCAUAUGAUUUGGUAGAUACACACAUUCAGCAACUUGAUCAAUAUCUGAGAAAAUUUGAUGAAGAUAUUCGGAGAGAAAGAGAUGGCAUUGCUGGAACAGGGUUGCCUGCUCCAAUUCCUGAUAGUGGAACGAAAUCUGGAAGGGGUAGUGAAAGUAGUAGAGGAGGGCGUAAGAAACAAAUGAUUCAACCUGGGUUGGCCAGUCAAAACAAUCUGAAGAUCCAAGGCUCCUUCCAAAUUCAAAUCAUUUGUGUGGCUAAUGGCUUUCAAAAGAGAACACGCUUGGCCGCAGCAGCGGCUGCAGCAGCAGCAGCAGAGGCUGCUGCACCAGUAACAGCAGCAGCAAACCCAACCAGUAUGGAUUUAGAUUUACCUGUGGAUCCAAAUGAACCAACAUAUUGCAUCUGUGACCAAGUUAGCUAUGGGGAGAUGGUUGCAUGUGAUAACCCUGAUUGCAAGAUAGAGUGGUUCCAUUUUGGCUGUGUUGGUGUGAAAGAACAGCCAAAAGGAGCAUGGUAUUGUUCAGACUGUAUUGGAAUGCAAAAGCGGCGGAAAGGCAAAUGACUAGUGACAUUUGUUUGUCAAUGUGUUGUACUUGUACAGCCUUGAUGUGGCUUUGAUGAAGUACAAGCUUCCUUUUCUCUUGAACCUUUCUUCUGGAUUGGUGGGGAGGGAAUGAACUAUGGGAUGCUGGAGAUUUAUCUUCACAUCACACCCAUAUCCAUAUCUGACACUUGUUUGAAACUGGCUUUUAUCACUAGAAUGAAAUGACAUGAAUGUAUCGAAUCUGUUUUGUGGAGGAACUUGUUUGUACUCUUGGCUUUCUUGGGUACACAUGUUAGUUGCUUUUUA